GUGAAAUAGUUUACACAGAUCGGACUUGCCAGUCACAAUUGCUUCCAUCCUACAGAGGAUGCAUCGAGGUGUACAUCCCUUACAUCCACUCUCCGGAGAUCCAUCAGCUAAGCCUUGUACUUAAUUCAAUAGAUUCUUUCUUCUCGGCACCUCUUUCAAGUCAUGAAGUGCACCUUCAUCCGGUAUACCACUACGUAAGCUGAUGAAUAAAGAAUGCUUGGCACUGGUGGGGCUUGCAGCGCAGAAAUGGCGCAGGCCUUGGCGAAAACGAUGCGGUCCCUUUCCGCCAACAAGUGCACAAAUAAUAAUAGUAGGAGCUGCAGAACAGCAGAUGGGACACUUUCCAAAAACAGAUCCAUUGUCUGUACCCCCCUCAUGGGCGCCAAAGGCCAAGGAACCCAGCAUAUAUUUGCAAAUCGUACUCGACAAGUGCAAGCCAUGCUACCAACAAAACCCAUCAUCUGUGUUGUUCAGAUCUUUUAUAGCUCAUAUAGCAACGCUCACGAAGGUUAAGACAAUCUCGACACAGCGUACCACACUCUACCUAUCAACUUGGAUUCUACACUCCUGCUCUACAUCU